UAUAUAUCGAUAUAUCUCCACACCGGCGCUUGUUUUGAGGACGAAGGAGGAGCAUGGAAGUCAAAGCCUGGUCUCGGGUCCUAUGUUCGAUCCUGUUCCUCGUCGCCGGGUUUCGGCUGUCCGAACAGGCCCGACCGCUCUCCGUCUCGAAACCCGACCCGGAUGACGCCGCCGCCACGGCCAGGUGGCUCGUCUCUCAGAAUUCGUGGGGCGUCCUGAACACCAUCUCUGGCGAUUUGGGAGGAGCACCGUUCGGGAAUGUGGCCUCAUUUAGCGAUGGGCUGCCUAACGAAGGAAGGGGCAUCCCGUACUUUUACUUGACAACUCUCGAUCCAACUGCAAAAAAUGCGUUGAAAGAUGAGAGGGCUUCAUUUACAGCUAGCGAGUACCCUAUUGGGACCUGUGGGAAGAAAGACCCUAUGAAUCCCUCUUGUGCAAAGAUCACGCUAACUGGAAAGCUGAAGCCAGUUGACCCAAAGUCUGAAGAAGCAGAAUAUGCUAAGACUGCCUUGUUCUCAAAGCAUCCAGAGAUGAAGGACUGGCCAAAGGGUCACAACUUCCAGCUCUACAAAUUAGAAAUCAAGGAUAUAUUUUUGAUUGAUUGGUUCGGUGGUCCUAAACCUCUGACUUUGGAGCAGUAUCUGCACGCCAAGAUGAACAAGUUUAAUUUCAUCAGAUGAUACCCCAUGUCUGCAUCGGAGCUAUUAAAAUGUGAAGCAUAAUAUACUGUAAAGUAAGGUGAACAUCAAAUGCCUUGUUGUACCCCCGACUCACUGUUUCAUACUACUGUUGAUAAAUAAAUUCUUGAUCAAUUAUUUAUCCAACAAGAUAUUUCCUCCGUCAA